CCCGCCUCCUCAUUUGGCUUCGGGUUCUCAGGGGGAGCGGUUUGGGAACCUCGGGGACUGGUAGCAAACUAGCGUGUGCGCACCUGGGGUGAGAGUGCGGGGAACCAGGCGGGAGGGGGCGCUUGCAGUCGGAAGAGACAUCGGGAAGUUCCUGGGCUUCCCGCCCCGAGCGCCAGUGAAGGCGACAGGACAGGCCCUCGGCUGGCCGGGGAAGGCCGGGGGAGGGACCCCAACCCCGCGGGCUCCGGGGCGCGGUUGGGGCUGAGCGCUCGUCAGGACCCGGUGCCCCGUGCUGGCCCUGGCGUGCGGACCUUGAGCCCGGCCAGCCGGCGGCCGGAGGGGAAAGCUUGUUUGUAAAAGUUGACGAACGUGCCUGAAAGCGCGGGAGGUGGGUCUGACGGUAGACCGCGAGCUCUGCAGCCAGAGAGACCUCGGUAAAUUCUCUAUUGCCUGUAAGCAGGGGCGAGGGAAAGAACCUGGGUAAGAGCCUGGUUUCUCAUCUAAAAUGAGGGUAUUAAUAACUACAUGGCGUUGUUUUGAAACUUAGAUAAGUCAUAUCACCUGUAAAGCAAACUGCCAGAUGCAGGUUACUAAGCCUUGAGUGACAACUGCUGUUUAUAUUUAGAAGACACUUUUUUCUAUUCACUGGGUGGCUUAUGUAAACCUCACAACCACUCUAUGAGAUCAAUAUAACCAUUUGGAUUAAAAAUAAUGACUGAGGCUCCUGUUGGUGGAGCGAUGUGUUCAGGUCACAAGCUGGAGGUGAGGGAACUCAGAUUCAAGGGCAGGUGUGCAUUACUUCCGGUCUCAGGGAUUGUCUAAUAUCGCACCUGCCUAAAACUAGUAUUGCAGCCUUCGCAGCACCUAGCAGAGUGACAUAUCCCCCAAAACACAAAGAUAUAAUGGGAGAUGGAUAUAGAUGGAACCUCUCCAUGUGUCAUAUGUAUUUUGGGAUUUCUGGUGUUUCUUCAGCUCCCUUGGUUCAGACAAGUUCCUGGCCCCUUCUGCACUGUGAGGCUGUAUAUGUCUUUUAAGUCUAAUAAUGAAUUCUAAGGGUCAGAUUUUUGCCUGUGAAAUGACUUUGUUUUUCAGGUCCAGGUCCCAGCUCCUUGAACAAGGCAAACUUGUGAGGUAGGAAACAGGGAGCCGCUGAACAGGAGUUUUACCUGGAGGAGAGCACCUGUCUGGCCUAGACCUCUCUCCAGAGCUUAAGAGCAGAGGCAAAAGAGCCCAGAAAGGAGCAAUUACUGGAUUUGUGUGGCCAGAAGCAAUUCCUGAUCCUUGUACCCAGAAUGAGCCACACUUGGUGGUGACACCACCUCCAGAAGACACUGGAUAAUAGUGGGAGGUUUGGUCCAGCUCUGAGAAGAGCCAGGUGAGCUGGGGAGGCCCAGUGGCAGGCUGCCCAGGAAAGACCACAUCGUUGCAGAACUUGUGAUGUGAGGUCUGGGGGUCAGGGGUAACUAGGCAGAGGGUGGAAAUACUGUUCCAGUGAUCCCAAAAUAGCCCCCGGUCCCUUUGUUCUCCACUCUUUACAGAUGCUGCACUGCUGUCAUGCAUGUGGCACUGAAGACUUCAUCCUGACCUCACAGAAUCCCAGAGUGAGGAUGCAUGAAGGGUUUUCUAAGGUUACCUACUUCUAACUCUUUUGGAAGCUUUAAAGACAUUCAAAGUCAAAGACUCAGUGACUUUCCAGGGGCAUAUGAUUUAUGACAGAGCCAGGAAGAAAACAGCGCAGUUUACUCUCACAGGUGAGCCUUCACAGUUCUCUGCAGUCUCCCAAGAACCACAGAAAAUGUACAUGUCUCAGGCAUCAGUGUCAUUCGAGGACGUGACUGUGGAAUUCACCCAGGAGGAGUGGCAGCAGAUGGGCCCUGCGCAGAGGAACUUGUACAGAGAUGUGAUGCUGGAGAACUACAGCCACCUCGUCUCAGUGGGGUACUGCUUUAUAAAACCGGAACUGAUCUUCACAUUGGAACAAGGAGAAGAUCCAUGGUUAUUAGAGACAGGAAAAGAAUUUGUAAGCAGGAGCUCCCCAGAAGACUCCCAAGCUGAUGAAAUCUCAGAGGAGAGCCCAGAAAACCACAACAAACAUUUGUGGCAAGUUUUAUUCACCAACAAAUCAUUGACUACAGACCAGGAAAUUUCAGAAAAACCAUGGAAUCUGGACAUAAACAUUUUUCCUGCAAAAGUCAUGCCUUGUGACUGUGACACUGCAGGGCCUGCUUACCUGGGUCUCAGCCCAUUGGCCCCACACUGUCAGUAUUCAAAAGAAAAGGCUCAUAAGCAUAAUAAAUGGCUCCUCAAUAUUAAAGAUGACAAAAAUAAUAUUCAAGAGAAAUCUUUUGUUUAUAGUAAAACUGUGAAAGCCCUUGGUCAUAAGGAAGAAGUUAUUCAACAUCAGACAAUUCAGACUUUGGGGCAAGCUUUUGAAUAUAAUAAAAUUAGAAAAGCUUUCCUUGAAAAGGCUGCCCUCCUUACAUCUAGGAGUGCUCCCCAAAAAGUGAAAUCUUAUAAAAUCAGUAAAUUUGGGGAAAGCAGAUGUGAUAAAUCAACCUUCAUUGUCUCUCAGAGCAUUCGUCCAGAGGAGGAGAGUCACUACGAAUUUGGUAAAAAUAGAAAUUGUUUCAGUAGGACAACUCAAGAAACUGACACAGAAGGGAAAUCUUUUAGCCAAAAAGCACACAUUAGAGAACAUCAGAGAAUUCAUGGGGUGAAACCUUUUGAAUAUGGAAAAGAUUUCAGCCAUCAUUCAGCCCUCCCGGUGCAUCAGAGAAUUCACAUAACAAAUAAAUCCUCUGAGUAUGUGCAGAGACAUAUACAGAGAACAUGUACAGAGACAUUGAGCUAUCAGUCAACUUUCAGUGCCCAUCACAGAACUCAUAUAAGAGCAAACCCUUAUGAGUGUAAUGAAUGUGGAAAAUCUUGCUCUAUGCAUUCAUGCUUGAUUCAGCCUCAGAAAAUUCACACAGGAGAGAAACCCUAUGAAUGUCAUGAAUGUGGAAAAACUUUCAGUGAGAAAUCACGUCUAAGAAAACAUGAGAGAACUCACACAGGAGAGAAACCAUAUAAAUGUGAUGGAUGUGAGAAAGCUUUCAGUGCAAAGUCAGGAUUGAGGAUACACUGGAGAACCCACACAGGGGAGAAACCCUUUGAAUGUAAUGAAUGUGGGAAGUCUUUCAACUAUAAGUCAAUCCUCAUAGUGCAUCAAAGAACUCACACAGGGGAGAAACCCUUUGAAUGUAAUGAAUGUGGGAAAUCUUUCAGCCAUAUGUCAGGCCUAAGGAAUCAUCGGAGAACUCACACAGGGGAAAGACCUUAUAAAUGUGAUGAAUGUGGAAAAGCUUUCAAACUGAAGUCAGGUCUAAGAAAACAUCAUAGAACACAUACAGGGGAGAAGCCCUACAAAUGCAAUCAGUGUGGAAAAGCUUUCGGUCAGAAAUCACAACUCAGAGGACAUCAUAGAAUUCACACAGGGGAAAAACCCUACAAAUGUAAUCAUUGUGGAGAAUCUUUCAGUCAGAAAUCAAAUCUCAGAGUACAUCACAGAACUCAUACUGGGGAAAAACCCUAUAAGUGUGAUGAGUGUGGAAAAACUUUCAGGCAGAAGUCAAAUCUCAGAGGGCAUCAAAGAACUCACACAGGGGAGAAACCCUAUGAAUGUAAUGAAUGUGGAAAAGCUUUCAGUGAGAAGUCAGUCCUAAGAAAACAUCUGCGAACACACACAGGGGAGAAACCCUAUAAUUGUAAUCAGUGUGGGGAAGCUUUCAGUCAGAAAUCAAACCUCAGAGUACAUCAGAGAACUCACACAGGGGAGAAACCCUAUAAAUGUGAUAAAUGUGGGAAAACUUUCAGUCAGAAAUCAAGCCUUAGAGAGCAUCAGAAAGCCCACUCUGGGGCUUAAACAUAUGCAUGUAAAGAACAUGGGAAAACUUUUAAUGGGAAAUCAAACGUCACAAUGCAUUUCAAAAAAACACACAGGAGAGAAUGUGAAUGUAGUGAAUACUGGAAUUUCUGCUGCACAAUUUCAACCUUUGCAAAAUAUCAAAGAACUUAGGAGAGAAAUUAUUGAAAUAUAUUUUAUGAGAGCAGUCUUUCGGCUACAGUGAAAUCCUCAUUGGAUAUCAGAGAAGUAACGCAGCAAAGAAACCCUUAUAAAGAUAAUAAAUAUGGGAAAUACUCUGAACUGAAUCCUCAGAAAACUCAAGCUGCAGAAAAGCUCUGAGAAACUAAUAAAAAUGUGAAAAUUUUGUGCUAGCAAUCAACACUUAUGCAUCAUCAGAGAAAUCACACAAUGAGAAAGCCUGGAAUAUAAUAAGUGUGUGAUAACCUUUAGUGAAAAGCCAACUAUCUCAGUACAGCAGAAAAUAUGUAAGAGGAUAGAGACCUUACAGUUAGUAUAUUAAAACAGACCAAAAAAAAAAAAAGAA